AUGGAACGACCAUCGACCUCUCGCGAUGACCAUAGCGCCGGUCGUAGAGCUCGUGAGCUCUAUCGCUACUUUCAACCCGAACGAUUAACUCCUCUAGAGGUGAACGAUGCCCCUCUCGCCGACAAUGUCCUCCCUCCAGCCGUCGCGCAAGCUCUCGAUGCCUCCAUCCAUGCAUCCUCCGCACCACCUCCACCGCCGCCCCCACCACAACUCUCACCACCGCUUGUCACAACAGAUGUCCCCUCAGACCAUUCCUCUCCCUCGUCGCCAGUUGUGCCGGAAACACUCGUUCUAGGCCAGAAUAAUGCCACCUUGACAUCCUUCGCCCAUCUGGCAGCUCUGCGUUUAAAUGUGGAGCGCGUCAUCAUCAGUGUGUCAGAUCGAGAUUCACAAUUUAUUCUCGCACAGGCGAGUCAGUCCCCCAUCGGCAGUUUCGCUCGUGAAUAUGAGGCAGGCGGAGAUGGCGUAUGGGACGGCUGUUCCACUUUACCAGCCAGCGCCUGGACAAUGUGUGAGUCUACCGUUGCGCUUCCGCCAUCGUCGAGGGAUCCCCGAGAAUAUAGUUUCUUAGUCGUCAACGAUCUCCAGGACAGCCAACUCUACAAAAAUACCUCUUUCGUCGCCGAAGGGCCUCAGUUUCGGUUCUACGCAGGUACACCGCUGACCACCGAGACGAAUAUCAACAUUGGAUGUUUCUUUGCCUUGGACACCAAACCCCGUGAGGAUUUCUCCGACUUGGAGAAGGAGACGCUGGGGUCUCUGGGCAUGCUGAUCAUGGAGUAUCUGCAGGUGAGCCGGCAGGCCUCCGAGGGAAGACGUGCCGCGCGAUUGUCUCGAGGUCUGAGUUAUUUCGUCGAGGGCAGCUCGAGCUUUGUUGAUCCGCCUCCCUCCUGCUCCGGUAGUGCGGCCACCACCUUCAGCACCCCCGCGUCCUCAAAUGUGCGCACCAAUCACCUUUCUGGCGACUCGUCCCAAAGCUUCGAACACCCCGGUAAACGAUCCAACAGCGUCGAUGCACGCUCCUUCAGCUCGGUCUCGGACUCGAAAGUCGACCAGGGCGAUCAAAAUGUGUCGUCCGGCCCGGACACACCGCUUCCGGAUUGGUGGGCAGGCAGCCGGAAGAAAGGGUUGAAUCUGGAUGAAUCACAUGGCAACUCCUGGGCGUUCCGAAGGGCAGCCAACCUCCUCCGAGAGAGUCUCGAGCUGGAUGGGGACGGCGGCGUUAUGUUUCUCGAGGUCAACAACAGGCAUAUGCUCGAUGUCGAUACAGGAAGUGAUUGCUCCGGGGACAACAAUGGUCCACCCGCCCCGGUGCUCGCCAUCUCCACCAAGGACGAGCCCUUUGCGCCGGGACCCGGCUCCGCGGUGCUCUAUCCAGCGGCCAACUUUGACAGCGGAUUCCUACACCAGCUGCUGCGUCGAUACACCAAGGGCAAGCUCUGGUCAUUCCACCGGGACGGCAUCCUGUCCAGCUCGGACGAUGAGAAAAAGCCCAGCCGGAACCGCUCACGGGGCACGAAACCGGCGGAUGUGCCCAGGAACAGUGGCAGGCGUUGGAAACAGUCGGAGAAUGCGAUGCUCAAUUUGUUCUUCCCGAAUGCAACGCAAGUAAUGUUUAUUCCUUUGUGGAACGCCGCGAACUCUCAGUGGUUUGCCGGUUGUUUCUGCUGGAAUACCAUCGAGACACGAGUCUUCAGCCCCUCGGUCGAGCUGAGUUCGGUGCUGGGCUUCGGCUCGUCCAUCAUGGUUGAAUGCAACCGAGUCCAAUCGCUGAUAUCCGACCGCCAGAAGGGCGACUUCAUCGGAAGUAUAUCGCAUGAACUUCGUAGCCCCCUCCACGGCAUUCUUGCUGCCGCCGAGUUUCUGCACGGCACGGAGCUCGAUGAGUUUCAGCUAUCACUCCUCGAAACCAUCAACGCGUGUGGUCGGACCCUGUUGGACACCAUGAACCAGGUUCUGGAUUUCAGCAAGAUUGUCUCCAUCGAGCGGACCUGGCGCCAGCUCAAGCGAAACAAGGCCUCCGCAUCGGAGUUCAGGGACAUGGACAAAGCGGCGGCCCAUCUGGACACGUACGUGGCCACCGAUCUCGCCAUUUUGGCGGAGGAGGUCGUGGAAGGCGUGUGCUUGGGCCACACCUACGGUCAGAAGUCUAUGGCAUCCUCGGAUCAAUCCGCGACGUUGCCCAAGUCGGCCGCCACGUGGUCGAUUCCGCGGCAACAAACCAAGUCUGACAAUGUGUUGGACGCCGAGGUAGAGGUGGUGAUGGACAUCGCUCAAAACGACUGGAUGUAUCGGACCCAGCCCGGUGCUUUGCGGCGUAUCAUCAUGAAUGUUUUUGGUAAUGCGAUGAAAUACACCGACUCUGGCCGCGUCUCGGUGCACUUGGGGAUGACGGAGGCAUCCGAAGGUCGUUCGCGGCGACACGGUGUGGAAGAGCUUGUCACUCUGACCGUCUCCGACACGGGCAAAGGGAUCUCGGAAGAGUUUUUGCGUGGGCGGCUGUUCACCCCAUUCGCGCAGGAGGAUACGCUGGCAGUGGGGACGGGCUUGGGCCUCUCCAUCGUUCGGAGUCUCGUCAAGUCCUUGAAUGGCACGAUUAACAUCCACAGUCAACCGGGAGAAGGAACGACUGUCAAGGUGUCUCUACCGCUGACACGGCCUGGACCGGAAGAAUACGCCGAGGACGCACUCCUUUCACCAUCGAUUCCAGCGAGGGAGGAUGGCGUGAUGAACGAGGCCUUUUCUCUUCGUGAUAGUCAUGGCGGCCGACGCGUUGCGAUCUUGGGGGUGGAGCCCGCUGAAGCCGCUAAGCAUCGCUUCUGGUCCAUCAUCGUCCGGUAUCUCACCGACUGGUACGGUCUGAAACUGGUUUCGUGGUCGUCCCAGGAGCCCAUCGACGUGCUUCUUGCGGAUGAAGCGUGUUUGGCCAUGAAUCCCAAGAAAGAUAUCAAUGGUAUGUUGCCGGCACUCCUGAUUCUCUGCAACAAGUCGAUAGACUACAGCACCAUCCGCGGGGAGUGGUCUCCAAUUGCCGCGUUUGUCGACAUCAUCCGCCGCCCAUGUGGCCCGCACAAGCUCGCCCGGUGCAUCAGGAAGUGUCUUGACAAUGUGCAGCGGGGACAUUUCGUACCCCGGCGCAUCGAGCUUCCCAGCCGGCCUCGCCUGUAUGAUAGCAGUCUCUCCUCGGCCGUGCAGUCUCUGCCCGCCUCGGAAUUCCCUACUUCUGAAUCCAUACUCGAUACUUCGGACGCGGCAACGACGCCACCGGAAGGGUCAAGCGGGUCACAAAGCUCGCGUGACGGCGGCGGCGAAACCUCUUCCACCAGCAUCUCCUCUGCCUCACCGCUGCCCACGCCACCCGAAAUGGCGGAAUCCAAGCUUGGCGAACGCAGAACGCGGAUUCUCGUGGUGGAUGACAACUCGAUCAACCUGAAUCUCAUGCUGACGUUCAUGAAGAAACGGGAUCUGGCGGUGUUGGACUCUGCCGAGAAUGGCAAGUUGGCCGUGGACGCGGUGGAGAAGAUGCAGCAGGGCUAUGACCUGAUUUUCAUGGAUAUGUCCAUGCCGGUCAUGAACGGGUUCGAGGCGACACGGGCUAUCCGCUCAUUGGAGAAAGAGCGCGACGGCUGCGGACCGGCGACGAUCAUCGCGCUGACGGGUCUCAGCAGCUCGCGUGACGAAACGGAGGCGCUGACAUCGGGCGUGGAUCUCUUCCUGACCAAGCCGGUGUCUUUCAAAGAAGUCUCGCGACUACUUGAUGAAUGGAAGGAACGCAAGUCGUCGGUGGCGGCGUCUCCUUCCUGA